AUGGCCAAUAACGGGAGCGGAACUGGUUUUGUCCCCGGAGUGCCACCAAGUGCCGCGCCCGGCAUUCUUUUGGACGAUUUGACAACACCAAGUGCCGGAAAUACGUCUCAAGAGGGCGGUGAAGAAUACCUGAUUUUCCAGCCGGGGAUACAGGCCGGCUUCUACGUCAUUUACUCGGCGAUACUUCUGCUGGGAAUCACCGGCAACUGUCUGGUGAUGUACGCCGUGUUUCGCAACAAGGCCAUGCAGACGGUGACCAACUACUUCAUCCUGAACCUGGCGCUCUCCGACAUCCUGCUCUGCGUGCUCUGCGUGCCCUUCACGCCGCUCUACACGUUCCUCCAGCGCUGGAUCUUCGGCGCCUUUCUCUGCCACCUCGUCACCUGCACGCAGGCCGUCAGCAUCUACAUCUCCUCGCUGACGCUGACUGCCAUCGCCAUCGACCGGUUUGUAGUCAUCAUCCACCCGUUCCGACAGCGGAUGAGCAGGACAAUGUGCGUGGGGCUCAUCAUCUGCACCUGGCUCUUCUCCAUUGUGGCUUCUCUGCCGUACGCCGUCUUCGUGGAGUACACCGUCUACGACGACAUCCACGUGUGCCAGGAGAACUUCCCGGGCCAGGUGCGGCUGACGUUCGGCAGCAUCACCACCGUGCUGCAGUUCGUCAUCCCGUUCCUCAUCAUCACCAGCACGUACACGCUCAUCUCGCUGAAGCUCUCCAGCCGGGCGCGCUGCAAGCCGGGCUCCAAGACGCUGCGGAAGGAGCAGGCCGACCGCGAGCGGAAGCGGCGCACCAACCGGAUGCUGAUCGCCAUGGUGGCCGUGUUCGGCCUCUCCUGGCUGCCGCUCAACCUGAUGAACAUCCUGGACGACGUGUCCACCAACCUGGACCUCGGCUGGGCGCGCUGGCCCUACUUCCACCUGCUCUUCUUCGUCACGCACGCCAUCGCCAUGAGCUCGACCUGCUACAACCCGUUCCUCUACGCCUGGCUCAACGAGAACUUCCGCAAGGAGUUCAAAGACAUCCUGCCUUGCUUCCGUCGACGACGCCAGAGUCGAAGUCGCGCGAUGUCGUGCGCGUUCUCGGACACCCGUCACCUCUCCACGACUCGCACGGCGAUGGAGCCGGAGACACAGAUAAGACAGGACCUGCCCUCGAGGGCCACCUUCCAGAAUAACACCGAGCUGGUGGAUCUGCGCACCACCUGCGGGAACACCGGACCGGCCGAAACGGCACCGGUCCAGAACAAUGUCCAGGCAGGCGAGGCGGUCGCGGUACUCUGAUCCCUUCCAUGUUACGUGAAGCGUGGAGGUGAUCGUGGCUGACUUUCCAGAUUGGAAGCGAUGUUUGGUGAUAUGUGUGCAUGUCUAUAAAGCGACAUGUGAGUCAGCCAUGUAUAUGGUAUUGUAAAAUGCUAUCUGCGCAUCGCAAAGUGCACAAAACACAUCUAUCUUUGUAAACGAUGUCAU